AUGCUACAAUGCCAGGUCGGAGCAAGGACAGUUCCCAUUGUACGGUUUCUGAUGAUCCUUUUCUUCGUCAUCACCAAGCCGAUGAGUAUAGCUCUAGAUUGGCUGCUGGGCCAAGAGGUUGGCACUAUCCACAGCCGGACGGAGCUUAUGGAGAUGCUGAAGCUGCAGAUUUCCCUCGGUGCCGUGGACGCUGAGGAGGGCAAGAUUGCACAGCAGGUCGCUGAAGGUGCUCUCAGCUUUCGUGACAAACAGGUUGGCGACAUUAUGACACCUCUUGAGGACGCUUAUUUCCUCAACAGCGACACGAAGCUUGGAUACGACGCCAUCCGGGAGAUCUUUGAGACCGGAUAUAGUCGAAUUCCAAUCUACGGCAGAGACAAGCAUGAGUAUCGGGGCCUCCUUUACACGAAGGACUUGAUGCUCGCCGAUCCUGAAGAUGAGAUGAAGGAGCCAGACCCCGUCGAGCUGGACCUGGGUUCCAGGCUUCUCCUAGCAAUACCAGGUUGCCUCUUCUGGGCGGCCGGUAUACCCGUCUUCGUGCUGUCUGCAAUCUUGAUAUUCUUGAAGACCUUCAAAGAGGAGCUCAACACCUCACAGGCUUUGAGCUUCAGACUGGCGUCUAGCCUGUUAUAUGGUUUGGUGUCAACGUUUUGCGUCGCCCGAUUGCGGAGAGCCCUGCUAUCAGAAGACUUGAACCUGGCAGUGGAUCGGUUACACAUGUUCGUGGCCGACUUCAAGCUGCACUGGAGCGAGGUGAGUGGCCAGGAAUGGCGCAAGUACGUUGUGGCCUGGCUUUGCCUAGUGCUGUGCGGUGUGGUUCACUACAGCUUGGAAAUCUGGAUGGGCCAGAAGAGGGCCACGCAACUUUAUGCUGAGGAGCCGGCCUGGAUCUGGUCGGUGUAUGUUGUGCAGAUCUUGCUCUUGAUUUGCUUUGCGGUGUCCAGUGCCGUCUUCAUGGUGAUCACUUACGUGCAGUCUCAUCUCCUCCUAGGGCUAGACAAAGUCUUGGACUGUUGGUGCGGGGAGAUAGUCGAUUGCCCAGACUUCAUCGAGGGUGUGAGCAGCUGGAAUGCAAUGCAAGCACUACUCAAGUGCGUUGGGCGAGAGCUUGCCGGCAGCUUUGUGGCUUUGCAAGCCGUGGGAGCACUUGGCUUCGCCUUCUUUCUUGGUGGAUCAGUAAGCUUUGCAUUUCGCACCGACUUCGAACCUGUGGCACUACUGGCUGAAAUCCUCGCGUCUGUGCCGUUGCCGUUUCUCUUCAUCCUGAACAUGCGUGUGUGUGCUCAUGGGGCUGCUUUGACAGAGAAAUGUCGUGCCAUACCAGCUUUCGUCAAUCAACUCCAAUCCGACUUGCCGAACGAUUUCGACCGUCAGUACUUGGUGAGGUACAUCACAGACAGCUCUGCCGGCUUCUUCAUCCACGACGUGAAGCUAACCCAGGAAAUCUUCCUGAAGCAGUUCAUUGUGUUGGGAUCCCUUGUCUCCGGCGCCGUCAGCGUGCUAUCCCGAAUUCUGUUGUGA